CCAGUGAUAUUAACCUGGAGCGCAAAGAACACUGGUGAGCAGAGCGAGGGCGAUUAGUAACGUCAGACUGAGUUGAUUUCUGUAACCUUGUUACUUGACCCCGUUUGGACGUUUUGUUGUUGCCAAUGUGACGGAAUUCAGAAUGAAGAAGUAUCUGAAUGCUGUACUGGAUUGACCUGGGCAUCGUGUUGCAAUGAUGAUGUUACCGACAUUGCCUCAGAUUUCAACACAAAGGUACAAGGCACCACUUGACAGCCACAGCCUCUCUUCCUCUGGGAACUACCCAGAAGAAAACGACGAGACUGCGAGCAGCGACUCUCUCCUUGACACACACUCCGAGCCCUUCCCCAGCUCCCAGAGCAGGUCGCCCAUAAACAGUCAGCACCACAUGGCCGAUGAUGACCACCACAGAGUAGCAGGAGCCCAGUCCUGUUACAACCCCUUCCGGCAAAGCGUGGCACAGCAUCUCCACAGCAAUUACCAGCAGCAGCAGCAGAGCCAAUUCUACAGUCCCAUGGGAGAGUGCUCUAGCUGCCCAGACACGCAUACUGGCGCCUGGCCCAGCAUCAGCUUCAGCAGUGGAUGUGGCUCCAGCGGGGCUAACCCCAACAGCCUGGCUUCCUGCCCGCCCUCUGAACACUAUAUGAGCUAUCAGAGACGGGACUACAGCAGCAGCCAGCCACAUGUCCCCUCUCCUGCUGUGGGCAGCUAUAGCCCCAGCAUUAGUCACCUGGAGCCGCCCUUGUCCUUGCAUUCCAUGCCCCCCACCAGGACCGCUAACCCCUUUGUGCAGCCAUACCCUUGCAGACCCCCAGCAUGCUGCCCUCAGUAUCCUGUCGAUGAGUUCAGCAUGCAGCCUUCCUAUCCUCCUGGAUACUACCUACCCAGGACACCAGGUCCCCCUUGCUGCGGACCUCCUGGAACUGUCGCCACUCAGAGAGCACACACAACAGAACCCUCCAAAACAAAUGGCAUGUACAGCAUGCCUCUUCCUCUGGAACAGAGGAAGGUCUUUGUCACGUAUGAAGCAGACAGUGACAUGCACGUUCGCGAAAUCUUAAACUUUGUGUCUUUGCUGAGAGGGAAUGGAUUUGACACGCAUAUUGACCAGUUUGAACAGCAGUAUAGAAGCAUAAGCAAAAUUGACUUCAUGGAAAAAUACAUCAGUGAGAAAGACUACUUGAUUAUUAUAGUAAUCAGCCCCAAGUAUUACGAAACUGUCAAACCAUGUCAGUAUAUCAGUAUAAAGAAUGACGAGAGUGCCUUGCAUACAGUUUACAUCUACAAACAGUUACAAAAUGAGUACAUCCAGAAUGGCAGUAAAAAUUUCCGCUUCAUUCCUGUUCUCUUCCCUGGAGCAAAGAGGAGCCACGUCCCUUCCUGGCUGCAGAACACCCACGUGUAUCACUGGCCCCAAGACAUGCAAGACAUCCUGCUGCGGCUGAUGCGUGUGGAGAAAUACAACCCCCCACCCGUUGGGAAGCUCCCCACCAUCCUCUCCAAGCGCAUUUAGGGGCCUUGCUGGGGACCUGCACGAAAAUACCGGCUCUGAUCAACUUCUGUUUUAUGAGACUGCAGGUGUACGCAAUCACUGUUUUUAGAACAGCGGUUUUCAACCAUUUUAAAACAGUACCCGUUUCUUCUUGAGGUUUCAGCUCAAGUACCCCUUUACAAUUUUCUCUCUACUGAAUAGUACCACAGUUGCAAUGCAAGGCAGAAUAAUCUGAUUCACAUGUUUCUUUUUUACUGUUUUAUUUUAAUAUAUAAAAUGUCACAACAGUUUGGGAUUGACAAACUGCUGGUUUAGGACAGAAUGCAGACAGAGAAAGGGUAUGUAUCACCUGGAAUGCCAGCUGUUUGCUCAGUGGAAUCAAACCAGUUUUAGCUGUGGUGUGAUCGUUCCAAAUGGGGGGAUUAUUGGGGAAUCAGAACAGGGGCAUUAGGCAAAAGUGUUCAGUUUCUGAUUCAAACCCUGCUGGACAGAUAUGCUCCCACUCAACACUAUCUUCGCAUAAACUUGUCUGUGACGAAUGAAUCAGUUGUGUAUCAGAAUGAUGCAUCACUUAAAUGCAAACUCAGAAUUAUUACAAAACAAUAGUGCUGGUACAGAACACCAAAGGGCAUUGAACAGCAGUGGCCAAAAGUUUUACAUCACUUUGAAUUUUAGGAUUGAAAAAAAAAUGCAAACAUAAUUUAGAUAUUUUAACAUCCUGUAAUCAAAUAAAUUACAAAAUGAUAUCGCAAGUGUCUACCGGUAGCCAUAAUAGUAGUACAGUAUUUCAUGUUAGAUUUCGUAGAUAGAUGAAAUGGUAGCUGUAUUACUCCAGAGAUGAUAGACAAAGAGAAGGAGAUGUGAUACUUUUUUUUACUGAACUAACUAAACAAAAAAUAAGCUUUCAAGACCUCACAGGUCUCUUCUUCAGAUGAAAGUAGGGAAGAGAUUGAUGUUUACAUUAUUAAUGAAUUCUGAAUGUAAACAUCAAUCUCUCUUUUCUACUUUCAUCUGAAGAAGAGACUUUGAAAGCUUGCGAUUAUUUUUUGUUUAGUUAGUCCAAUAAAAGCUAUCACAUCUCCUUCUCUUUCUCUGUUAGAUUUCGAAAUGACACAUUUGUCAAAUUAUUAUUAUUUCUUUGUUAUGUGUGUGUCAAACUACAAAGCUGUAUGUAAUUCAAUAUGUUAACAUAACAUUAUUCAGCAGGUUUCAUUCGACUAUGUAGCAACAUUUAAUUCUAUAGGGUGGUGCAAAACAUUUGGCCAUAGCUGUAGACUUUUCUUUUCCCAGGUUUUUUAAUUGACUCGAUAGGGAACCUACAAUGGUUUAUCUUUUUUUUUUUUUUAAUCUUAAUGUUAAUUUUUGAUCAACUCCCUAAAACUUGGAGCCCUCACUGUUUUUUAUUGUAUGUAAUAAAUGCCCCUAAGAAUUCAAAUAGUUUAAGUAUGUCAAAUUUAGUUGUGCACAUACAGGUAGUGAACAAAAAAAUGGAAACACCAAUGUAAAGUCACUUAAUAGGGCGUUGGGCCACUAUAGUAUCCCGCUCUGGAGUUCUCGGCGGACUGUUUUUGAUGAAACUGGCUGCUCGCGCCCCAGUUUGAAAUUUGCAGUCAGUUGAUCUGCAGUUGCUCGUCUGUUUUGCCUUGCACUUCGAAUUAAUGCACAGAUAUCACGAUCCUGAAGUAUGCGUUUCCAUCCACUGUUGCCCUUUGCUGAUGAUGUCUUUCACUCGGCAUUCCAUGCUGACAUCACCUUGGACACCGUUGCUCGUGAAACAUCAGCAAGUUGAGCUGUCUUGGUCACUGAAGCUCCUGCCAAACGCGCCCCAACAAUCACCCAGCUUUCAAAGUCACUGAGGUCUCCUCUUGCAGCCAUGCUAACCAUAAUUAUAGGUAACCAGGCCUGUCCAGCAUUUCUAUACAUGACCCUAAGCAUGCUGGGAUGUUAUUUGAUUAAUUAACGCAUGAGCCACACCUGUGUGGAAGCCUUUGCUUUUCAAUAUACUUGGUGUCCCUCAUUGACCCAGGUGUUUCCAUUUUUUGUUCACUACGUGUAUAUUGGACUAUCACUGAGUGAGUGCAAUACAUACAGAGGUAGUAUAACAAAUACAUACACCAGCAUGAACAGUAAUUGGCUGAGUUUGAAAGAGUUACAGAACCCCUCGCUGUGUCUAUAGAUUAUAUAUAUAUAUAUAUAUAUAUUUUCUAUCAUAUAUAGUGUAUCCAGAUCAGGCACCAUACUGCAAAGCUGUUUGUUUUAUGUUCCCUCACUAGCCACACAUUUUAACCAGAGCACCAGCAUUGUUGUAGAAGGGACAAUGAUCUGGAUACACUAUAAAAUGAAUUCUCCUUGAAGAAAUAUACAUAUGUCCAGCUGAUUUAUGACCCAGAUGUGUGAAUAAAAAGUGUUUAUGUUGAAAGUAGAUAUGAUACAAUACUGACAACACACGACACAACAAAGGCAAUGUAAUGCAUUAUAAAAACUACAGGGUGUUCUGUGACACUUUAACAGUAAGAGCUACAGAACAUUAUGCUUUCACAUCAGGUGCCUUUCUUAAUUAGUAAACGCAUGACUGUAAACUUCUGAGCUGAUGCUAUUUAUCGCAGGCUCUGCCAAUACACGACUAGUACUGUGUUUAAUAUCAUUUUAACACACAACUUUCAACUGCAUUAGACCAAGGUCAAAUUACCAAUACUAUAAAUAAAUGCUACACUGUUAGUCAAUUACAUCAAGGCUUGAAUGAUAUGAACCCUGUUUUUGUUAACUGAAUAUACUUCGUGUAUUUUCUGUCUCACAAAGGGCUGACGUUUUCUUUGACGUACGCAAUCUCUGUAUAAAGCAAGGCUUGUUGUCAGUGCAGCUGGUAAUGGGGCAUUUCCAAAUGAAUACAUUGCAUUACUAAUUUUCAAAUUCUUCAAAAUGUGUACUUAUACUUCAUCUCUGUUAAUUUUUCAUGUUGAAAUAUGUUUUUGAUUUACAAAAUAAAUAAACAAAUACAAUGAAAUAUAUUUUGUCAAGCAUUUAAAAAAAAAAAAGCUGAACAAGCAAGUGAUUGCACAUUCCUGCCUAAUAAUUAGAUUAUUACUAAUUGGAAAUUUAUCCUAGGAUUAUAUUUUAAUCCUAUCCGUGCAAACUUUAUAAGAUGUUUUACAAAUACAAAACAACUAAAACUAUGAUAAGUAAAUGCAAUUAUGUGCUAACACUGCACAGCAUUAUUAUUUACCUUCACUAGAGUUGCCGUUUGUUGUUCUUUACUAAGGUUAGAUUUGAAUGAAGCCAAAAGUUCCAGCUACCUCAAAACAUUAAAUAUAAAAAAUGCAAUGCUUAAUAAAGAAACGUACAACCCAAUACAAUCCAUGAUUGGAUAUUUGCUGUAGCAUCUACUUUCAAAACUGCCCUUGAGAGAUUUGCAUAGAGAAUGGAAGUGCAUGACAGGAAUUAUUUCACUGGCCAACUCCUUUAGACAAAGCAUUGCCACACCAGUACUCCAGGUCUUCAAUGAACGAUAGCAGGGGCUUCACUAGCUAUAUAUAACAAAGAUUAGGAUCUGACAGGAUUAAAAACACUUUAUGUAUGUAUAAGUAAAGAGGCACGGAUAAAAAACCCUUUUUGAACAUUGUGACGGUACACCCCACCUGUGUUUAUUUGUAUUUUUUGUUGUAUUAUUAUGAUUUAAAUGUAUUGUUUGGUGUUUAAAAGCACAAUGUUUCUUAUUGUUUUACAGCAUGGAUUUGGUUAAAAUUUCCAACCCAGCUAAGUGCCUAAUGUGGCCAUCUCCAAAUUAAGUAAUUCCUAGUUUGGAGAUGGACAUGUAUAUCUAAAGAGCAGAUCAGAUGCUCAUUAGAGGAUGGUCGGUUGUUCAGAGAGGAGGAACGUAAGAAGUCAGAUAUAAAAAUAACUAUUGCUGCUGGCUUGAAACCAGCACAAUACUUGUUUUAUUUAGUGUGUGUUCUGUUUUGUGUCUGUUUAUUUUGGCCACCGUUUUGUUUUGAAGAAGUCCUUUGUUUUGUUUAAACCUUUUAUUUUGAUUAUUAAAUAAAGAGCGCAUUUGUGACUCAA